AUUUGACUACUCUGUACGAAAUCCUGUAAUUAAACUUCUACUCUUGCAAGACAGUGGGUUUAACAUUGAGCUGGGAGACGUAAAGUUUUUCAAACAAGUGGUCAUUACCAUCACCAAUCCUGCUAUGGAGAAUGGAAUGCUUGUAGACCAUUUGAUAGCUCCUGCUAACAAUUUGCUUCCAUCUGGCUGGGAAGUAGUAGGUAAUCUUACAUACAAGUUAACAAUGCAAUCUCAAGGUGUAUCACAGGCAACUGAAGACCAAAUUCGCAGUAUGCUUAUUGAUGUCCAAUUCAUCAGUAAUGCAGUUCGUCGCCAUGAUGUCAGAAUGGUCACUCUCGUGGCAUUUGACUUAGUGCGUCCUGGUAAUACUGAGGAGAUUACAAUUGAUGUAGAGCCACUAAAUGAUCCUCCAACAGUUACAGUUGAAAGUGCCAACCCACGAUUCCAAGAGGGAGGAAGUCCAGUCUUAAUUUAUUCUCAAGUGAAUAUCACAGAUGUAGAUGAUGACACGUUGGAUAAUGUCAAAAUUGUGCUAACAGUCAAUGCUUCAACAAAGACAUGCAAUGGUGGAGAGCCAGGAGAUACAUCAACACUACCAGAAGACUUAAAUGACUGUGCUAGUGGAACAGACAAUAACAUUUUAGCAGAAUGCUUGGGCUUUGCGGGCAGUGUAUCUCAUUUUGAAACAGACUACUUCUACGAACUUAAUUCUCUGACCCUGACUAUCAGCAGCAGUAGUGACACCACACGCAGAUCCAAGGCUGACUAUGAAGAAUUGCUACUAACAUUGACGUAUGAAAACACUGCCACCAAUCCAGACAAUGCAGAUCGCAUGUUGUCUCUAACAGUCAAUGAUGGAAAGGCUGUUUCUGAACCUCCACAGAAUGUCUAUGUGCGUCUUCUAGUGCAAAAUGACAACCCACCUACCCUUACCAUAUUACAGGAUACAGCUGAAUUCAAUGAAGGAGAAAGCACACCGCAGCCACUUAUACUAGCUAGCUCAACUGUAACAAUUGAUGACACCGACUGUGGUGCAAUUGUGACCAAAGCAGAAGUUUCACUGCCUGGGAGAAUAUCCAGUGAGUCUCUUACUCUAACUGGAUUCACAUCACCAACAGCAACAUUUGAUGACACUACUGGUACUCUCACUAUUGAUGGAGAAGCCAACUAUGAGGUUAUAUUGAAGGGUGUUGAGUACUUAAACACUGCUGAUGAGCCUGGUCCAGAUCCCAGAACAGUAACAUACAGAGUGUUUGAUGGCACCCACUGGAGUGCUCUUGAAUCACUUUCAGUUACAUUUUUAUUUAUGAAUGACAAUGAACCCUUUCUAGAUCUGGAUUCUGACUUACCUGGUACUGGUUACAGUAUAAAGUUUAAUGAAGGAGGUGGUGAGGUCCCCAUUGCAGCAAGUGGUAGGGUUCAAGCAACUGAUGAGGACAUCAAUACAUUAAUACACUCAGUUUCAGUACUGUUGUUGGGUACUCAAGAUGGCUCAGAAGAAGAGAUACAAACGGAUCAAACAGACAAUUCUCUCGACAAGCCGACAGCAACCACAUUCAAGUUCACAUUUACAAACCCUAAAACUUUAUCUCAAACAGAAGCAUUCAUAGAGACUCUGCGAUAUGCGAAUGAUGCUGUCAAUCCCACUCAAGGAACACGCACAGCUCAAGUAACAAUAAAUGAUGGCAAAUUUGACAGCAAUGAAGCAGAGGCUACUAUUGUAGUCGACGCAACAAAUGAUAAUCCACCAACAUUUCCAUCACCUACUCCCUCUGGCACAGUGAAAGAGAAUUCUGGCAAUGGUGUAUCUGUGGUAACAGUAACAGCUCAAGAUGCUGAUGGUGAUGCUCUUACUUAUUCUAUCAUUAAUGGCAACACUGGUGGAGUGUUCACUAUUGCUGCAAAUACGGGUGUAAUCACAACAACAGGUGCUACUAUAGACUAUGAGAAUGAAGUAACAUAUACACUGACUGUACAGGCAAAUGAUGGUAAUUUCACUGCUAGCACAUCUGUCUCUAUUGCGGUUACAGACGAAAAUGAUAAUUGUCCUACAUUUUCUGAUGGAACAACACACACAAAGACAAUACCAUCUACUACAGCUGUCAGCUCAAACGUAAUCACUCUGGCAAUCAGUGAUGCUGAUACUUCUACUGUGUUUCAGCUGGCAAUCACUAGUGGAAACGAUGAUGGACUGUUUGGUAUCAGUGAAAACAAUGUGAUUGUUGCUUCUAGCCUAUCAAGCAGCCAGUUCACAUCUCACACAUUAAAUGUCGCACUGACAGACUCUACAUUGCCCACAUGCUCUCAAGUUGCGACAGUCACCAUUGUCAUUCUGUCACCAAACUCAGUCUUUGAUUUUACUGUAGACGAAGAACAGAAUUCUGGUACACCAGUUGGAAAAAUAAUCACAGAUCCAGAUUUCCCUCAAACAACAUAUACAAUCACCGAUCCUCUAUCUGCUCCAUUUGCAAUCGACACAAGCUCACAAAUCACUACAACUGCAGUUCUAGAUAGAGAAACUAAAGAUGAGUAUACGCUUACCAUCACAUUUAGCAUACAGUCAAGUCCAGUCACAAUCACAGUCACAGUUACUGUAAAUGACAUAAAUGACCAGACUCCACAGUUUUCAUCAUCAUCUUACAGUGAAAGCAUACAAGAAGGUGCGAGUGGCAACAUCAAUGUAGGAUUGUCUGCUUCUGAUGGGGACAUUGGAGUCAACGCUGAAUUUACAUUUACCGUUUCUGGCACGACUGUAUUUGGUGUUCAGCAAACUGACAAUACAGGUGUCAUCACAGUAGUGGGAAAUCUGGACUACGAAAGCCAAUGUUCCUACACAUUCCAAGUAAUUGCCACUGAUGAUGGGGAUCUUACAGCAACAGCUAAUGUGGAGAUAACAAUAACAAAUGUGAACGAACAUGCACCCAUGUUUCAAUCCUUCACUCCUCCAGUCAUAUCGGAAACCUUCAUGCCUAAUGAUGUUGUCAUGACCAUCACAGCAACUGACCCAGACAAAUGUCCAACAGAAAGCAGUGCAGCUGGAUCAAUUACAUACAGUAUUGAAGGAAAUGCUGGAUCAUACCAAAUAGAAGCUGCAACGGGUAUUAUUCAGGUAAAUACAGCUGUCUCGGUUGGUACAACAAUGAUCACAGUACGAGCCAGCGACAAUGAUGUCACCGGCGGAUUGACUGCAGACCGGGAAGUUACAAUUACUGUUGAAGAAAUAACCAGUCCAGUAGUAGACUUGAAUGGAGCAGAAGCCGGUAUUGAUGUCGCUGUAAUCUUGUCAGAAAGUGAUCCACCAGAAGUAGCAUUAGUAGAAUCUGGUGUAAGUGGUGUGGUACAGAGUGGCGUCUCCUUGAACAAGAUCAUAAUCCAAAUCACUAAUCCAGUUGAUGGAAUCAAUGAGAUGCUCGAUGCCUCUCCACCAUCAGGGAUAUCGCAAUCAUAUGAUUCCAGCACUCACACUCUAACUUUGAGUGGAGUUGCAGUCCAGGGUCUCUACUCUGAUGCACUAAAAUCAGUCAAAUACAAACAUUCCUUGAUGACAGAUGUAUUGCAGAUGACUAGCGAAAGCCUGCUCCAAGACAGAACAAUAAAGGUUACAAUUACAAAUGUCAACGAUGUUGAUGGUGUGCCAGCUACUGCCACUGUGUCACUGGAAGCUACUGUUAAAUGCCAAAAUAUGAAUGAGAUAGUAAUCACAGACCUAGCUGGACUGAGCAAAUAUUCCAGCAUUUCUAGAAUAGAGUGCAGCUUCAGAAUUAGAUGCGAAAAUACACAAUUUUGUGACAUCAAUUCUCUUUCUUCGUUGAAACUCUUGCAGACAAUCGAAGGAGAACUGGAGAUUUCAAAUACACGCUUGACAACUCUAUAUGGAUUGAACAACCUUCAAUCAUUUGAUGGUUUAAUGCUGUACAACAAUCCAGAUCUAGAAACAACAAGUGACCUCAGAAAUGAGACCAUUAAUAGAAAACGAAAACGAAGAGAUGGACAUAUAAUCCAACUCACUGGACAAGUCAUGAUCCAGACCUGUGGUUUUCUGAAAGAUCUUCUCGGUCUCAAGGGCAUUUCAGCGAUAGCAGGAAAUGUUGUGUUGGAAGAUAAUUCGCUAUCUGCUGGAGUGAUGGGAAUGGCAGAUCUUACAAAAAUAGAUGGAAACUUGCACAUCACAGGAAACAACGAACUUCCAAAUCUCAUGGGACUGAACUCACUGACUACCAUAGGAGGUGAAUUCAACCUGCAGACCAAUAAUGCUCUUACAACUGUAACAGGUCUAGAAAGGCUACAGGAAAUUGGAAAUGGCUUUGUUGUGGUCGGUAACGUACAAUUACAAAACCUCAAACCUCUGACAGAGGCGCAGCAAUCUAUAAGUGGUGAUACACCAAUCAGUUCAGUUGGUGACCAGAUCUUUUUUGUGCAGAAUACAAUCAUGUGCACAGACAUCGCAUUUUGGAAGGGACUUCAAACAGUAGUUUCUGUUCCAGCAGAACCUCCUUCAUGUUCAUGAAGAAACAACUAAAUACCUGCUGACAUGAGAUGUUUGGCAUAGCUUUAGAAUCAGUGUGCUUGUUUCCAUAUUGAUGACAUGCUGCUUGAAGCGCAGGUGAUUACAUAGUGUACUUGCUGCUGUUUGUAGUGAGGGUAGCUAAUGAAUGCUGCUGUUCUUUGUUUUGUCACUUCACUAAGUUGUACGUGAACAUGUAUGCAAGAAUUAUAGAACAAAAAUGUUGGGCAAAGUGA